AUGGGAGUGUUUGUGCUGCGAAGAAAGCCCAAGUUGCUCAGGUUACUUUUGGACAAAACCAUUUCAGUGAAGAAAUUUUCAGAUCAUUAUUACCGGCUGAGCCAUGCUGAGAAUCAAGAAUUCUCAGUAGAAUAUUCGCAAUUCAGCACUGUAGGAGCAGACCUAACUCAACUUGAAGCAACUCUUCCAGAGAAUAAGAGCAAAAACAGAUUCAUCGAUAUACUGCCAUAUGACUGUUCUCGUGUGAAGCUCAGUACAGCUGGCCAGAACUCAGACUACAUCAACGCCAACUUCAUACCCGGCUAUGGGGGCAAGAAGAUGGAAUACAUUGCGGCUCAAGGUCCACUCAGCUCCACCGUCAGUGACUUCUGGAGAAUGAUCUGGGAGCAAAAGUCUGAACGGAUUGUCAUGGUAACCAACUGUAUAGAGAAUGGAAAGGCAAAGUGCGACCAGUAUUGGCCUCAGGGUCCUUCUCCAUGUCGCCAUGGUGACCUACUCAUUACCAUGACAUCAGAGCAUAAAGACAGCAAGUGGACUGUGCGGGAAUUAACCGUAAAAAAUGAGGCCAAAUCCGAGGAAAGGCGGGUUAAACAUUUCCACUUCACAGCCUGGCCGGACCAUGGUGUUCCUAGGGGAACCGAGGAACUGAUCCAGUUCCGUGGACUCAUUCGGCAGCAUAUUGACAGAUCUCCAUCCUCAGGGCCCACAGUUGUGCACUGCAGUGCUGGAGUUGGCAGAACAGGCACUCUGAUAGCCCUGGAUGUGCUGCUGCAGCAGGUGGAGAGAGAGCAAGCCGUGGACAUUGCAGGGUUUGUCCAUCGCAUGAGACGCCAUCGACCCCGCAUGGUGCAAACAGAGUCCCAAUACAUAUUUCUGCACCAGUGCAUCAAGGACCUUUUGACACAAAAGAAACCAGAAGAGCCAAUAUAUGUUAACAGCUCUGUGAUUUGUGAAAACACUGCAGCCAUGACCUGA